AUGGCCCGCCUGAAGGUACGACAACUGCACUCGUCGCCCCGAUCACCGUACAUCAGGCCAAAGCGCGGCGGAUGUGGCCGAUGGAAUCACGAGUCACGGUCCGCUCUUCUCGAGGCCCUCGAUUUGUCUCGCGGAACGGAGUCGCAUCGUGAUACAGCCCAGAAGCGCGUCGCGCGUCCCGAGUUUAUCAGGGACUUCAUAUUCAAAAAGACUGGAGCAUGUCCAGAUGUCAAGUCCAUCAGCGAUGAAAUGAAGAACAUGCAUUUCACUACUGAACGUCGUCUCAGCGCGCGAGAUACUUCUGCUACAACGUGCUUUCAUCUUGACGGAACGUCUUCCGACCCUUCGGCCUCCACCGAGGCACCCAUGCCUUCCGUGAUCACGACACCUGCAAGCCCGAUCCGCAAUCUCGCCAACUAUUCUCUCGCGACAGGGUCAGCUGAUCAGGCCGAGCUUCCGCCUUCGAUGUCUCGACGCCGUCGCGCUAUGAACAUGCCGACGUUGCACAGCCAGAUGCAACUGCCCCCGCUUUCUCUUAGCAUGCCUCGGAUGUCUUCCCCGCGUAACCUCUCGCCUGUGUCACCCGCUACCGCUGUCCCAUCCACCAACUGGUUUGGUGCACUCAAUCGACCUAAUUUGACACUUCGCGGGAGCUCAGCGGACUCGAUGCCCCGCACACCCUUGGAACAGAUGGUUCAUACCCCCCUGAACCCACCAGAAGUCCCGAAAGCACCACCACCCAUGCCUCGUCGACGCGGCGACCUGACCGUGCUAUGGAAUGAUCGAUGGAGCCCUACUCCCGAAGACCUAUUCACUCCCCUCCCUGGCAAAACAUUCGGCGUCGAGCUACCUCCGCUGUCAGCCGUGAAGAGCACUACUGGCAUUGCGCCGGCUUUGUCGUCGUCCAGUUCGUCCGGGAACGCGACCCCUUCUCCUUCCUCAACUCUCGACACGCUAGCAUUAAACCCCUCGCAGCCCCCUUACCCCUUGCCAUCGAACGGUAACACAACUUGCACCGUCAAUCCCAUGGUUCACUUCCGCCUGAACCCCCGCCCUCGCCACCUAUCCCUUCCGCGUCGUUCCACCUACCAACACCCUGAGCGUUGCGAUCGUAAGACAUCAAUAACCUCUCCUGGACACCCCAAGCCGAACCUGCGCAUCAUUCCUCCGCAGCGGAGCAGUGCAGACUCCCCUCUUGCCUCCCCGCUCAUCAUCAAGCCCAUGACCGCUGACCAGAUCCUCCGAAACCCCCUGUCCCCGCCCACCCCGGCUCACUUCAACACUCCCGUAUCAUCCGCCUCGUACUUCAACGUCAACCCGCUUUGA